AUGCGAUCUGACCGUGCAUUACCAACGACACCUGUUGAACCAUCUCGUGAACUGUUCGAUCGAGGCGUAUCUCGUACUCCUGUAACCUCUGUGAUUCAGAAUUCAUCCAUCACAAACAUCCAAAUCGUGCAUAUCGUGCUGGAAACCCUCGCUGGACAACAAAUAGAAUCACCAAUACCCUUUACAAUAAUGACAUUGUCGUCUUACUUGUUACCUUAUGCCACGCGUACCUCUAAAGUACGGCCCUGGCUUAUGCGGGCCUCGUUUUACACUUUCUUCCCACCAUUUCGGAGAGUGAUACUGUUAUAG